AUGCAUACUGAUCCCCCAAGGCCUUCUGAAGAACCUAACAGGAGCUCUUUGGAUCCGGUACAGCUUCAAUGUAAUGAUUACGACUUUUAUCUAACACGACCUACAAGACUAGAUGUAUCAGGAAGUACCAGGUUUAAAGAUAUUAAGUUUGGUUCUGUCCCUAUUAUAAGAAUAUACGGAUCAUUAUCCACUGGUCACAACGUUCUUUGUCAUGUACAUGGUGUGUUCCCCUAUAUCUUCAUUAAGUAUGAUGGAAAGGUUGGUAGUGAAAUGGAUGCGGUUGAUAGCCACUGCAGGAAUUUACAUAUUUUGUUAGAAAAUGCAUUAAGAAGGUCUAAUGAGGACUCUGUUUGUGAGGAACCUGGGUUGGAUGCCUCCUGGUCCGAUGGUUUGCAAUAUAUUGCGGAUGUCACUGUAGUUAAAGGUGUACCGUUUUAUGGAUUCCAUGUUGGAUGGCAUGCCUUUUAUAAGAUAUCGUUGUUGAAUCCAUCGCUAACGUUGCACCUAUCUGAAAUUUUACGAAAUGGCGAUUUGUUUGGUUAUAGCGUGGAGACAUUUGAGUCCCAUAUCCCAUACCUGCUGCAGUUUACUGCUGACUAUAACUGUUUUGGCUGUUCAUGGUUAGAGAUGUCGUCCUGUUACUUUAGGAGCCCAGUAUUAAAUGAAUACAAUGCUAUGGACAAAAAACUGUGGGAUGAUUCUCUUGGCGUGUGGUUGAAUAAGCAUCUUCGUGAAGACGAGAACUUGCUUGACGAAGCUGAAUUUGAGCGUGAGGGGAACGGUCUAUUGGAAAUAGAUGUUCUUCCGCAGCUCAUACUUAAUAGGAGACAUAUAAGCUAUAGAGAUUUGCAUCAUGACUUCAAUGUAUCUUCCUUUACGCCGAUCUCGGACAGGAAGGAAAGUUAUGUCACUUCGACCGAUCUUCUAUGGAAAGAUAUUGAGAAACUACGAUCUAUAUAUGGCUUGCUCCAAUACUCUCCCCCAGCUGCUAUUUCUAGAGUUGAAUCAGCCCCUAAUUGGGACACUGGUAAGUUAUGGGAGUUCUACCAAAAAAAACAGGCGGAAACAAGUUCGAGCACAGCGGAAGUAGAUUUUGCCAGUUUUGUAGAUAAUUCAUUGUGGUACGAUAGGAUUCGAACUGCAUCCGAUGCUAUAGAAGAUCUAUGGCUUCCUGUUAUACCCAAGAUCGGUAGCAGUUGCCGUUUGGAAACCUUGAAGCGGAAACUUAGCCCAUCGAGCAAUAACGAUCAAGUCCCCAUUUCCUUGGAGAAUACCGCAGAUGAACCAGAACAAGUAUCAACCUUGGAUGAUUUAGAAGAUGCCACUUUAAAGUCUCGUAAGCUGCAGACUCCUGAGAUUUCGGCAUCCCUUGCCCUUCAUAAUUCACCAAAAGCUGUGGUACAAGUUAGAGGAAUCCCAUAUGAGCAGCCCACUUACAGGUAUAAGAGAUUUCCCAUUGGCUACAAGAGCAUUUUAAACAAAAUCGAACAGGAAGGCUUGCCAGCUAUUAAUUAUAGUGACCCAUAUUUUUCAAAUCCAGUAGACUUACAGAAAACCAGAUAUAUUUAUUCGGGCAAAAGACACGAAUUGUCAACUGACUACUAUAGCCAUCGCACGCCCUUAGGGUUUGCCGGAGAUUCAUCUAUGUAUAGGAGUCUCCGAAAAUCAACUCCGCUUACUUUUAAUCGAUGGUUAUACACACCAAAACCACCCGGAUACAGUGAUCCUUUGAAUAAACCCGCAAACGUGCAUAAGAAAUCAUCGCAAAUUGCUCCAAUAAAGAAAAAUGAGCAUUUUAAACCUUCAUUCAGGACAGCGUUGUACGUUGAUUCGCGGAAGUCAGAUGGAAAUGAUUUAACUCAUAUGUCUCUUGAGCUUCAUAUUAAAACGAGACAAAAUAUGUUACCAAAUCCUACAAAGGAUGCGAUUAAAAUAAUCUUCUGGAAAAUGGACGGCACAUACAUAAUUAACAAUCAAUCCCUCCCAAAUCAGGGGAUGCUGAUUUUCCUCGAUGAUUCAGAGAAAGAAUACGAAGAUGUAAUAAAGGGUGCAGCUGAUGGAGGCUAUAUAUCCUUUCAUUAUUCUGAACUUGAUUUAAUUAACUCGUUUGUUAAACUAGUGCUACUCAUGGACCCAGAUAUAUUAUCUGGUUUUGAGGUCAACGUAUCAUCAUGGGGAUAUUUAAUAAAGCGUGGGGAUGUCGCACAUAGUUUGCGAAUUAAUAAUAUGCUAUCACGAGUUAAGAAAGAAGGGAGCAAUAGUUAUGAAAGUAAAUGGAAUUAUACUCACGCUUCAGGCACCAAGAUAGCUGGCAGACAUUUGCUAAACAUAUGGCGGAGACUAAGAGGUGAGUUUAAUUUAUUAAGGUAUACCUUUGAAAACAUAACGUUCCAUUUUUUUGGAGAGCGUACCCCUCACUACUCUCAUGAAUCGCUUUCAAAGUUUUGGAGUGACUAUUCUAAACCUGGAAGUUUGCGAUUAGUUAUAAACUACUGGAGAAAAAGAGUGGAUUACAAUAUUCGACUAAUAAAUGAGAAAUAUAUAAUAUCUCGAAUUACCGAAGAAGCCCGCCUAAUUGGAAUAGACUUUCAGUCGGUCAUUGCCCGUGGUUCGCAAUUCAAGGUUGAAUCUUUUCUUGUACGCCUGUGCAAAUCAGAGCGUUUUAUACUACUAUCACCGAGUAAUUCUCAAGUGCGGCGACAGAGAGCUUUGGAGUGUGUACCUUUGGUAAUGGAACCUGAUACUUCAUUCUACAAGGGACCUGUCAUUGUGUUAGAUUUUCAAGCCUUAUAUCCCUCCAUAAUCAUGGCCUAUAAUUACUGUUACAGCACAAUGAUUGGCAGAGUCAUGGAAAUUUCUCUUUCUCACAAUGAAGUGGGGGUCACAGACACAUCAAUUCCUCCGAACCUUCUGAAAUUACUUGCUGAUUUUGUGAAUAUAUCUCCAAACGGCGUCGUAUUCGUUAAGGAAGAGGUUAGAAGGUCUGCACUAUCUAAAAUGUUACAAGAUAUACUGUCAUCUAGAUUUAUGGUUAAAAGAACAAUGCAAGAAUUGCCGACUGAAAAUAGAAACCUACUAAGCACUUUAGAUAGUCGACAAAUUGCUUUAAAGCUUCUUGCUAAUGUAACAUAUGGUUAUACAUCCGCAUCUUAUUCUGGUCGUAUGCCGUGUUCUGAUAUUGCUGAUAGUAUUGUACAGACAGCGCGACAAACUUUAAAAAAUGCUGUAGCGAUGAUUGAGGGAGAGUAUGAUUGGGGAGCGAAAGUUAUCUACGGUGAUACAGAUAGUCUUUUCGUUUACCUUCCAGGAAAGAGCCGGGAGCAGGCCUUUAACAUUGGAAAUGCAAUUGCUUCGGCAGUCACAGCUUCCAAUCCUAGUCCAGUUGAACUAAAGUUUGAACGCGUUUUCCACCCUUGUAUUUUAUUAUCAAAGAAGAGAUAUGUUGGUUACUCUUACAAUUACCCAACUCAAGCAGUUGGUGAAUUCCUUGCCAAAGGAAUAGAAACUAUUCGCAGAGACUCAAAUCCUGCUCAACAAAAAAUCGUACAAAGAUCUCUUGAAAUUCUAUUUGACACCUACGAUCUAAGUCAAGUCAAAUCAUACAUAACUGAGGAAUUCAAGAGAAUAAUUGAAGGUAACAUUAUUGUUCAGGAUUUUUGUUUUUCUCGUGAAGUCCGAAUGGGAACAUACGCUAACGAAAACUCCCUUCCUCCAGCAGGUGCUGUAGCAAAAAUGAGAGCGCAAGAAGAUGAGAUGGCCGAGCCUCAAUAUGGCGAAAGAGUAACUUAUCUAGUAGUUCAGGGCAAAUCAGGCGAUCGUUUAGUUGAUAGGUGCGUCCCGCCAGAAAAAUUCCUUGAACUGCCGAGCAUGACGUUAGACUACGAGUAUUAUAUCACAAAAACUCUAAUUCCUCCGCUAGAAAGGUUUUUUAAGAUAGUAGGAUUGGAUAUCAGAGAGCUGUACAGAGAUUUGCCAAGGUUUAAAGAUCUUAAGAAUAUAUUUACGUCUGAUAUGAAUGGCUUACCAAGGAUUGUUAAUUCUGCAACUUGUUUAAAGUGUAGAAAUAUUAUACUUCACAGGAAUAAAUUCAAGAUUUGUGAAAAAUGCCAAGCAUCUCCAGAUUCUACAGCAGAGUUCCUUCUAGUUGAAAAGAAGAUUGCUAACGAGAAUCGAAUGAAAUCUAUUUUGAAAACGUGUAAAAACUGCGCUUUCCAUAUUGCAAAAGGUCAAUCGGACACAUUGACCGAAGCUGCAUUUUCAUGCGAUUCUCAUGACUGCCCAAACUACUUUUCUAGAAGGAAGUACGAGGCAUUGUUAAACGAGUCGUCUUGGAAAGACAUCCAUAAUGCUCUACAAUCUUUAGAUUGGUGA